AUGGCCUCGUCUCCUGCGUCUACUGAGUGGCCAAACGAUGCCAAGGACACCUCUCCGACUCAGGAAGAAGCGCGUGUUCGUCAACUUCUGCGCGAUCUUCGUGUGGACACGGGCGACGUGGUGUUGUUUGACCGCAAAUGCUCGUCCAUGGGACUCUACGGCGGCGCUAUCUGCGUGUGCGCAAAGUUCCUCGGUCAAACGCAGUGGGACCACAACGGCGUAGUUGUUCGAGCUCCGUCACUAGCCCCAGACGCUAAAUCACCCGAGGACGAACUGUUUUUGUUGGAAGCGUCGCUCACAGGCGUCAAACUGCGACCACUAGUGGCGCGCGUAUUGCUCAGUCGCGGCCACGAGGUCGCAGUGCGCAAGCUGCAGGUGGAUCGCACGCCAGAUCUGCAGAAUAAGGCGCUGCAGUUCGCUCUGGGCAGUCUAAAUGCUCCAUACGAGGACAACCCUGCCAGGUUCUUCAACGCCGGCGUGUCAGUACCAACAAGAAUCGCGCGCGAACGAAUCUUUGCGGCUCUAGUCGCUACCAAGAAGGAGCUCGCGAGACUGGACACAGAGCUAGCACAUCGAGACAAGAUGCCCGUGUUCGAGAAGAAAGCACUACUACAGGAGAGACAGGCUGUGAAUGAACGGUAUCAGGCUCUCGGGGCGGAACUGAGAGGCAGAGAACGCUCAGUGUUUGAGAACGCAGUGGUGGAAGGAGAAGCGGUGAAGACGACCAAGAUGUUCUGCUCGCAAUUAGUAGCAGGCAUGUAUCAGCACUUGGGAUUCUUGCUACCGUACCCGUCUGCGAACUCGUAUUUGCCCAAACAUUUUAGUGAUCGCGACGGUGGCGAUUUUCUAAAGUUGCAGCAAGGUGCAAGCUUCUUACCGGAUAUUUCCAUGAGGAAAGAGCUGGAGAAGGUGACGGAGAGAUUCGCCACGCGAGUACAGGAGACCAAGGAGAGAGGACCGCGUCCUGGCUCCGAGACGGCGGCUAUUGUACAUUGCUUACGUCGACAUCAGCUGUUCCACACGCUAAGUGAGCCAGAACUUUUGGCUGCAGCGUCACAGUUUCGACGCCGUGUACUGGCUAAAGGAGAAGUUGUUUUCUACCAAGGAGCACCUGGCGACUGCUUUUACAUCAUUGAGCGUGGAGAUUGCGACGUCUUCGUGGACUACGACCACUUGCUGAAAACGCAGACAGCUCUCCAUGCUGUAGGCACAGAGAAUUCCCCGAACCAGGAGCUACAGCGACAUGUUCAGCUGCGUAAACGCAAGACGAUCGCUUUGCCUGAGUUCAAGUCGUCAUCGAGUCUCGUAGGCAAGAACGAGCGUGUCCUUGUGGCUACAAAUGGCCCUGGUAACGCAUUUGGAGAGUCAGCACUGAUCUACGAUACACCGCGCCGUGCAACGAUUCAAGCGAGUGCCUCUAACUCGGAUGAUGAUAAAGGGGUUGUGGUCUUAUGGCAGCUGGAUAAACGUACGUUCCGCGAGAUUCUGGCAGCUCAUCCGGGCAGCCAGCAGUCCUUGGAAGAGCGUCGAUUUCUGCUUGAAGCACUGGAAGAUAAUCCUCUAUUCACUGAGCUGGAUGAUCGAGCCAAAGCUUUGGCUGUGCGUAAGUGCUUUCCUUUGAGUGUGCGUGCUGAAACGACGAUCUUACGUCAAGGAGAUCCAGGCGACUACUUCUACCUGGUUGAAAGUGGUCGAUGUCAAGUGUCACGUCGCAAGCCGAAGGCCACCAAGCCUUUCGUGGAUCGAGUCAUUGGUCGUGGUGCCAGUUUCGGGGAAGCUGCGUUGCUGUAUAAUAGUCGUCGUGGUGCCUCAGUGAAAGCCCUGGAAGAUGCCAAGAUCUGGUGUAUGGAUCGCGCCAGCUUUCUCACGAUCACUCGCAGUGGGUCGACUGCUCUCCACAAAUUGUUUAAAAAGGUGGGCACCACUGUCGUCUCUGGGUCGAGUGAGAGUUUCGCCACUGAACGAGAUUUACGUCGAAUGCUGACGGACCCCCAGCAGAUGCAGCUGGUGAGACAUAGUGCCAAUGAAGACGUAGAUGACGAGGGGCCAGCGGUACAUCCCACAUCGCUGCCAUCACCUCAGGCUUACGAUCGUGCUGUGAAGCUGGCGUUGUCACUUUUGCUCAACGACCCAUCUGGACUUGUCAAUUUCUCCCAGUUUGCGCACUUCCACAUUGCAUUAGGCGCUUCUAACAUCGACCAGCUCCUUUCAGAGGCGGCUUUCCGUGUACUGAAGUCGAUGACGGGCUCUUAUGAAGGUGGGAACACUCGCAUACCGACGGCAUCAUCGCUGUUUAACCAGGACGACGCUGACCAGGCUGCAAUCAAGUUGAACGACCUCCCGCGUGCGAUUCAGCAGUGGGUGUUCACGAUUGAGACUGCGACAGCUACACCCGUUCAAAUGACACCUGGUCGCUUGGCGUUCUACGAGCGCUUGUUCGACUUGCCAGCGCAUCAACUGGGUGAUCAAUAUGUGACUCAUGACGACUUGGUGCGUGGAAUAGCAGCGUUUGAAGUGGAAGACUCUCGCUCGGAAAAUGGUGAAGACGAUGAUCACCCUCAAUUGGGAGAUGUGACUGCUGCAAAGGAGGAGUUCCGCGCUUUCCUGACCGCUUUAACGACGGAUAUCAACUCUUUACGAACCAUCUGGCGCGCCGCUGAGUUGCAAGCGCACGGUGGAGACCAUCUUAGUAUGAGCCGAGAUCAAGAACGCCUUACUUUCGAUGCCAACCUCAAGUCUGGCUGGAUCUCCGCUCUUCGUCAGAAUCCCACGGGUGGGGAUUGGGAAUAUCUGCAACCAGAGAUGGAAGCUCGCAGCAAGGCUUACAACACCAUCAACUCAAACUUUCGAAAGCAACAACUGAGUGCACACAUCACGUCGUUCGCCGCUGCCAUUGCAGCUGGUGCACUUGCACGUACCGUGUGUGCACCGCUGGAGCGACUGAAGAUGCUGAUGCAGCUCUCUACUCCAAAUCCGGCGUCUGCAGCAACGACUGUGAAGCUUUUAUCUGGGACUAAUCCGUACACGUCCAUGACGAGAGGGUUUCUCAACAUGGUCAAGCUCAGUGGACCGCGCAGUUUGUUCAGUGGAAACCUCGCUCACUGUAUCUGGGUGGUGCCCUCAGUCCCCACUAAGGUCAUUCUGUGUCACGUGUACCAAGAGCAGCUUACUCGUCUGCUUCCCGAGUCUUCGUCGCCCUUCGGACAGAACGCGCGAGUGUCAGCGAGUAUGGCCAAUCUCGCAGUGGGGGGCCUGGCUGGGCUGACACUCAACAGCUUGUUCUAUCCACUGGACGUCAUUCGCGGACGACUUACUGUUCAGCAAUAUUACAACGCUAACCGUCCUUCGAGUGGCAUUCUGAACUGCGCUCGCUCGAUCCGUGACAAGGAAGGACUGCGCGGGUUCUACCGAGGCUUUGUGCCUGCGAGUCUUGGCGUCUUCACAUACAUCGGCUGCAACUUUGCGCUGUACGAGUCAUUGCGUCCAGUGUUCGUACUGUACGACACGGAAGAUACGAGCAACCAGCUUGGCCAUCCCAGUGUCCCCGGUCAGAUUAUGUGCGCCACCACGGCUUCGCUCGCGUCGCAGUGUAUUUCGUACCCAUUCGACGUGAUUCGACGACGUGUGCAGCUGCAGGGCGCCAAGUGGCAUCCAGAGCUCGCAUUCCCGACGUACGAGAGCGCGUGGCACUGUGUACGGGCGUCUGUAGUGGAGGAAGGUGGUGGUAUUCGAGGACUGCGCUCGCUGUAUCGCGGCCUGUUCGUGAACGCUGUCAAGGCGCUACCAUCCACUGUGAUCUCUUUCCUAAGCUACGAGAAGCUGCGCGAAAUGAAGCACAAUGUAGACGAUGUUUAG